AUGAGGAGGUUCUUUGCGGAAGUGCUUCUAGGUACGUCCACGACGCAUCGCAACCCUCUGUAUCUGACACGCUUUGCAGCACUUCUUUGCGCUCUUGCCAUAAUAUCCUCAAACUCGAGAACGACCGUGAACGCUAAACAGACAAUCCGACAACCUGCGGAGGCUCCGACCGAUUUCAGUCCUGAGGAAGGACAGAAGCAGAACUACUGGGCAAAUGGCGGCAAUAAUGUGGUUCAUGAGGUCUGGUCUAUCCUGCGGGACUUCGAACCGACCUGGAAGGACAGUGUUGGUCCUGCUCAGCCCACCUCUUUCCUAGAAAAUGUCUGGUACUAUAUCCGCCUUGUCUUCAGGACCCUGUUCAUGAACGCGCCAACCCGACACGACGAUGAGACACCCCAAGUAAAAGGCGACUUGCGCAAGGCUGUUGAAACACUCAAGACCGCUGCACUCUUCGACGACCCCGAUGCGAUAUUCAUACUUGCCGAGAUGAAUUUCUACGGCAACUUCUCCCAUCCACGAAACACACCCGAAGCCCUGAGAUGGUACAACCAGCUCGCUUCUCUCAAUGGCAACAACACGGCGCAAUAUAUGGUAGGUUUGAUAUACGGUACUGGAUUAGGAGGUGUACCCCGAGACCAAGCCAAAGCUUUACUCUAUCAUACCUUCGCCGCCGGACAAGGGAACAUCAAUUCAGAAAUGACCCUCGCGUACCGUUAUCACGCAGGUGUUGGAUGUCCGCGGGACUGUAACAAAGCAGUAUCGUACUAUAAGCGUGUUGCAGACAAAGCAAUCGCCUUCUGGGCAGGGGGCCCGCCAGGAGGACGUAGCUUAACACGAAACGCAUACCGCUGGGUUGAAGCAGAUGGCGGUAUCUAUGGGGAAGGCGCAAGCGUGAGUUCGUCCGGACCCAACGCACCAAGGGAUGGCGUGAUAACUACACACAUUGAUUACGUGCUGGAUUACCUGGACACGAAGGAACGACAGGGGGAUUUCACAGCCAUGCUUGGGAUCGGAAAGCAUUAUUAUGAAGCGCCGCGUGGGUAUAAGAAGAAUUUUCGCAAGGCCCAUCGUCAGUUCAUGAAAGUCGCGCGGGCAUACUGGGGUAAAGACGGCAAGGUCAAUCCCAAGGCACCCAAAGACAUCGAUAGGGUUGCAGCCAAGGCAGCAGCGUACCUCGGGCGCAUGUUUCUUCGAGGCGAGGGCGUCGAUCAAAACUUUGAUAAGGCUGCAAUGUGGUUCAAACGAGCAAUUGCGAACGGAGACAGUUUCGCCCAAUACCAUAUGGGCCUGAUGUACAGGGAUGGUCUGGGCGUUCCAAAAGAUGGUCUCAGGGCAGGGACAUAUCUCAAAGCUGCGGCGGAGCAGAGUCUUCCCAUCGCACAAUCUGCCUUAGGUGUUCUAUUCCUUGAUCAAGGCGACAUCGAGACGGCCUCACGGUAUUUUGAGCUCGCUGCGGGUGCUGGCGUUAUGGAAGCGUUCUAUUAUCUGGCCGAACUUACUAAUCAAGGCAUCGGGCGAGAGAGAAAUUGUGGCUUGGCCAGCGUCUAUUACAAAAUCGUCGCUGAGCGUGCGGAAGCCUUACAUUCAAGUUUCCUUGAGGCAAACUCUGCGUACGAACGGGGCGAUUGGGAGAGAGCGUUAGUCGCGACCAUCAAGGCUGCUGAGGCUGGAUACGAGAAUGCACAGGCUAACGUAGCUUACCUGCUGGACCGCAAGACCAGUGUCAUUGACAUUCCAGGUCUCUCGAAGCUCCUUUCAGGCAAACCCGACAUAAGGCCCGGGCGAAGCAAAUUGCUGGACGACCAGUACCUAGCGCUGGCUCUCUUCACGAGGAGUGCGAAGCAGUCGAAUGUAGACUCGCUGAUCAAGAUGGGCGACUACUAUCUUACCCUCAGACCAUCCCUGCAGGUGCUGAGUGGCUUACUACCCAACGAAACCAAAGAAAACGAGUUGAAGAGCAAUCUCGAAAGAGCGACAACGUGCUAUACGACGGCCGCAGAAAGCCAUCACAGCGCGCAGGCGCUCUGGAACUUAGGGUGGAUGCAUGAGAACGGCAUUGGGUCUGUGACGCAGGACUUCCACAUGGCGAAACGAUACUACGAUCUGGCUCUGGAGAUGAACAAGGAAGCGUACCUGCCGGUCACGCUUGCGCUGGCUAAAUUAAGAUUGCGCAGCUGGUGGAACGGCGUGAGCGGUGGCAAGAUCAAUUCGAUACGCGAGGAUGAGGACGAGGACCGAAAACGGCCCAAGUCAUGGGGCGAGUGGGUCAACCGGUUCCUCGACGCGGCUGAAGAGAUGGACGCACAAGAAGCCGCUGCAAUGAUGAGGGAACGCGACGGAGAUGACGAUAUGUUGGGUUACCCGGAGCCCGGAAUGCCCGGUGGCGACUCGGACUAUGCGGGAAGAGAAGGGCAGAGGCAUGGCGAGGAUGUUUACGGAGCUGACGAGUGGGAAGAGAUCGACGACGGAUUGGUCGAGAGUCUGAUCAUCAUUGCGCUUGCCGGGACUCUGGCUAUGCUCGUGUAUGCUAGACAGGCUCGUCAGAGGGGCUUGGAGCAGGAGAGAAGGGAAGCUCAAGAGCGUGCGAGAGCUCAAGCUCCGCUUCAGCCUCAACCCCAGGUGCCAACGCAACCACAAGCACAAGACCAACAGGAUAAUGGGAUGUUCCCUGGACCUGGAGACCCUGAAUUCAAUAACUGGGUCGCUGGUGGGAUCGGCCAUUGA